AUGGCUGCAGAACUUGUAGGUGGAGCUGUUCUGUCUUCCAUUUUUAAUGUUGUUUUUGACAGGAUAUCCUCACCUGAAUUUGCGAACUGGAUCAAAGGGAAGAAGCUUACUCAGAAGCUGCUUGAAAGGUUGAAGACUACUCUUUAUGCUGUUCAAGCCUUUCUCAUUGAUGCUGAGCAGAAGCAGAUCAAGGAGAGAGCUGUCAAGGACUGGCUGGAUAGUCUCAAAGCUGCUAUGUAUGUUGCUGAUGACUUGCUAGAUGAUGUCUUCACCAAAGCUGCCACUCAGAAGGAUCCAGGUACCUUCUUCUCUCGUUUUCUCAAUUCGCAAGAUAGGGAGAUAGCAAACAGGAUGGAGGAAAUCAUUGAUAGGAUAGAGUCUAUUGUGAACCAAAAAGACACUCUUGGUCUCACAAAAAUUCCUAAGGAGGACAUGUCAUGGAGGAUCACAACAUCUCUCGUUGGAAGUUCUAAUAUAUAUGGUAGGGAAAAAGACAAGGAGGCCAUAGUGAAAAUGUUGUUGAAUGAUGAUGACACUGGUGAUGGUGAUAUACCUGUGAUUUCCAUUGUGGGUAUGGGCGGAAUUGGAAAGACUACUUUGGCCCAAUUGAUUUACGAUGACGAUAAAGUGGAGAACUACUUUAAUUUUCGAGGUUGGGUUUGUGUGUCCGAAGAGUUUGAUGUUAUUAAGGUCACCAAGACUAUAAUUGAGGCAAUAACAAAGAGUCCUUGUAACUUGAAUGAUUUGAAUUUACUUCAGCAUGAGUUAAAGAAGAGAUUAUCCGAAGGGAAAUUCUUUGUGGUUUUGGACGAUGCAUGGAAUGAGAAUUAUGGUAAUUGGAAUAGGCUUCUAAAACCUUUUCAGAAUGGGGUUAAGGGGAGCAAAAUUCUCGUAACUACUAGAAGUACAAAGGUGGCUCUUGCGGCACAGACUAUUUCAUCUUAUGAACUAAGUUUAUUGUCGAAUGAAGAUUGUUGGUUAAUAUUUUCAAAACAUGCACGGCUUUCCACUUACUCUAUGGAGAAUCCAACUUUGGAAAAGCUUGGCAGAGAUAUUGUAAAGAAGUGUCAUGGCUUGCCCUUGGCAGCUCAAGCACUAGGAGGCUUAAUGCAUGGAAAUUCUGAUGUCGAGCAUUGGAAUCGUAUAUUGAAGAGUGAGAUUUGGGAAUUGUCCGAAGAUGAGAGCGAACUCAUUCCAGCAUUAAGAAUCAGUUACUACUAUCUUCCUUCAUGUCUGAAAGACUGUUUUGUUUAUUGUUCGUUGUAUCCAAAGGAUUAUGGAUUUGAUAAAGAUGAAUUGAUCUUGUUAUGGAUGGCUCAGAAUUUUUUACAACCAGUUGGGAAAAAGACUCCAGAAGAAGUUGGUGAUAAAUACUUUGAUGAAUUAAUUGCGAGAUCAUUUUUGCAACCUCAUAGUACUUGGGAAAAUAAAUUUGCGAUGCAUGAUCUUGUGCAUGAUUUGGCAAUGAUGUUUGCUGGAGAAUUCUAUUUUAGAGCGGAAGAGCUUCAGAAUGCAGUUGAGGUUGAUAUUAAAACUCGUCAUUUGUCCCACAAUGCUAAAGGCAAUUAUCCAAUCUCAAAACUUUUGGGAGUUUGUGACAGAAUAAAACAUACAAGGACAUUUCUUGAAAUCAAUCUGGACAGGUCGAUUCCAUUCAACAUGGAAAACACACCUUGUAUCUUAUUGUCACAGUUGAAGUACCUGAGAGCGUUGUCUUUCAAAGACUUUCCUCUUGAGUCAGUACCUGAUUCAAUAGGUGACUUGAUUCAUUUGCGUUACUUGGAUCUCUCUAGGACCGACAUUGUGACAUUGCCGGAGUCAUUGGAUAACCUCUACAAUUUGCAGACCUUGAAGUUGUAUUCCUGCUAUAAUCUGAAAUUGCUACCUGUUGGCAUGAAAGGCCUUGUAAAUUUGCGGCAUCUUGAUAUUAGAGGGACUCAGUCAUUGCAUGAGAUGCCAAAAGGCAUGAGCAAGUUGAAAAAUUUGCAGUUUUUAAGCGACUAUGUUGUUGGGAAGCGUAAAGAGAACAAGAUCACAGAAUUGGGAGCACUUGCAGAUCUACGCGGAUCAAUUUCCAUUGGCAAAUUGGAGAAUGUAGUGAAGAGCAGUGAAGCUUUGGAGGCAAGAUUGUCCGAUAAGGAUGGCAUUGAUUCUAUAACGUUAAGUUGGUCAUCGAAUGAAGAGGAGAAUACAGUUGAUUCCCAAAUGGAAAGAGAUAUACUUGACAAGUUACGACCUCACACUAAUUUGAAAGGGUUAUUUAUCUAUGGUUACAGGGGUACAAGAUUUUCAGAUUGGGUGGGACAUUCUUCCUACCACAACAUCACCAAAAUAACACUGGGUGAUUUCUCUUUGGGUGGUUGUCGGAAUUGUUGUAUGCUUCCUUCACUUGGACAAUUGCCCUCUUUGAAGCACCUAACAAUUAUAGGCUUUGAAAGUCUGGAAAGUGUGGGUGCUGAGUUAUACUUUAACCAGAAUGGUGAAUCUUGUUUGGAGACACCACCAUUCCCAAUGCUUGAAACUCUUUCGUUUUAUUCAAUGCCUUGCUGGAAGGAGUGGCGUUCAUUGGAGUUCAAUGCAUUCCCGAGACUCAGGGAGCUUAAAAUAAUUGGGUGUCCGAUGUUGAGAGGAGAUUUGCCCAGUCAACUACCAUCUUUGCAAUCACUUCAGAUUUUGAAUUGCAAGCAGCUGAGUUGUUGUGUUCCAAGGGCUCCUUCGAUUACGAAUCUUUCAAUUUCAGGAAACCAUCUAGUGGAGUCGGUGGUGGAGGCCAUAACGCACACGCAACUGAGUUGCCUGACGUCUUUGCGCAUCUCAGGUUGUUCCUCCCACAUAUGGUUUCCAGUGAGUGCUAUUCCCCCAUCACUACAACACUUGACGAUUGAGGAUUGCAGAGAAUUGGAAUUCCAAAUGGAUGGGCAACAUCACUCGCUGCAGGUACUAUCAAUACAGAACAGCUGUGAUUCAAUUACAUCCUUCUCGUUGUUGGAUGCCUUUCCAAAUCUCGUGCGUGUUUUUAUCAUCAAGUGUGAAAUGAUGGAGUGUAUUGUGGUGUCACGCUCUCUUUCAUCUCUCCGGGAUUUAAAUAUCUUCGCGUGUAGGAGUUUGAAGUCCGUGUCGACGAUAUGGAUGGCAGCACCUCAGCUAGAGGGUCUCAAAAUAGUGGGAUGCCCAGAGAUCGAGUUGUCAGCAACAGGGGAUCCACACCAUAGCCUGAGAUCUCUUGAGAUCAGCUACAGCGAGAAACUAGUGAGCAGUGCAGCAUUCAUGAAUUCCCAAUUUCACCGGCUUACUCGUCUUUGUAUUUGUCAUGAAUGUGAGAGUGUGAAGUGCCUCCCAAAGGAAGGUUGGUUGCCUGCCUCCCUUGAGUCUCUCACACUGUAUGGCGUGAAAAGUGUGGAGACGUUGGAAUGCAAGGGACUUGCCCACCUCACCUCCCUCCAACAUUUAAGUAUUGAUGAAUGUCCCAAGUUGGAGAACAUUGACGGAGAAAAGCUGCCUGCCUCUCUAAUACAACUCUUCAUACGUGAAAGUCCUUUGUUGGCUAAACGGUGCGAGAUGAAGGACCCACAGCUUUGGCCCAAAGUUUCCCACAUCCCUGCCAUUCAAGUUAAUUGGAGUUGGAUUUGGUAAUCCAACAACUUCAACAGCUUAUCCAUGGACCCAACAAGAUAAAAGUUUUGCUUUUGAUGCAUCAGGACUAUUCAAUCAUUGCAUGGAGUUGGGAGAUGAUGAAAUUGGGUGCUUCUUCCAAGCUUGAUUCGGAAAUUCAUUUUGAAUAUUCAGCUACAAUGCUCUUCAGAGGUAUCUUCCAGUGCUUCAUAUGUUGCAUGCCAUGAACUAUGCAGCCAAGUAUCAUAUAUUAUUUUAAUUUAAUAUUUUGUUCUCUUUUCUUUUGUUUUAUUGUUGACGGAUUCUUCGAAAAGAAAAUGACACUAGUAGUAAUUGCAAAGACUUUAAAUCUUUUA